AUGCAACAAUCACAAUAUUUGUUUAGCAGUGAUGAAUAUUAUGUUCGUGUGAUUAAUGGCUUCACAAACAAUUCAUCUGUGCCUUUGGUCAUUUGGUGUUCAUCAGAUGAAAUGGAUCUUGGUAGUCGAGCCAUGCAAGAACAUGAUGAUUUCAGCUGGAUCAUGAGGCCCAAUUUGUGGAGUAGCAACCAUAUGAAGUGUACCAUGAAAUAUGACAACACAAGGAAGAAAUUUGAUGCGUUUAAGGCUUCUAGGGACGCAGAACGUUGUGGCACAAAUAGGAUAUGUUCUUGGAGGGUUACACAAGAUGGAUUUUAUUUCAGUAAUGAUGAAGUGAAUUGGAGGAUGGACUUUACUUGGUGA